CAAACUAAUUAUUUUAUUAUCCCAUCCGUCCUCACACAUAUUAACCGUUUUGUUUCUUCUACCAAUUACUGUGUGAAAAGUAUUAGUAUAAUUGACGUCCAAACCAAGAUUUCUGAUGAUUCAAUGAUCUCCCGUAUAAAAGACCAUCUGAUAUUUAAGAAUAUUUCGAGAAUCUCGUUGUUUAUCGUGUAAUAGGUUUCCAAUCUGAAGAAAAGGCCUCGACUGAAGCCUGCACGUGCACGCGCACGCACACACACACACACACACACACACUAUAACAUGGCACGAUUGGCUGUGAUAUAAAAGCAGAGUAAAUUGAGUGAGAUGGCGAUGAGAUUUACUCAGUGAUUGGGGAUGGAAGAACUGAUCAAAAGUCAGUCAGACGUUGUUGGUAGACUGGCAUUCAAAUACAUGAUGUGUAAAGUAGACUCCAGCUCAGACUCAGAGUCCGAGUCAAACCCGAGAUGGUCUGAUGUCAGCAGCAAGGGCUGUGAGAGCAGUGCUCCAGAAGCUCCUCAGAAACUCCAGCGCUUCACUGGACAUCACUACCAGCAGAGCCUGGAUCCUUACGAUGGAAGUUCUGAAGACUCUGGUUCUUCUGCUGAAGGGUCAAAGAAGCAAAGGCCCGGCGGGAUCCGGGUGAAAGAGACGAGCCGUAGAUCUGCUCCUGGAGAAGUGAGGUCGAGGUCAGAUGCUGCAGAUGUUCAGAUGCGGUCAUCCAGUGACUCGGAGCAGGAGACGCCGGGCCAGAGCUUCUGCUCUUCCUGUAAGACCCUGACGAGUGUGAAAGCAGACCUGUCUGACUCUGGCUUCAACACCAGAUCCUCCCUGAACUCUCCUGCGGUGGCCUCCACCAGAGACACCGGGUCUCCAGACAGUCCUGCUCUCCAGGCAGCGUUCUCCAAGAGGAAGUUCUUCCCUCCGCCGGGCGAUGUGGACGACGGGAUGCAGAGGAAGAGGCAGUGCAUCAGUGAUAUGGAGCUGGAGAGCGUGGCUUUCUGAGGUCACCACACAACAUUGACUACAGAUUCACCGCAUGUGUGGCUUUGUUUAGUCGUUUGGAUAUAGAGACCCUAAUAAGAGGGAAAGAGGUUUGUUAAAACCCAUUUGAGAAGAGUUCUUCAUUCCCGACUUCAGGUGCAACACAAUAAAUCAAGACUAAUAAACCUAAACUUUAUUCAUGA